UUGAUCAAGGUGCUUCCUCUCUUCAUCAAGAUGCUUCCUCUCUUCAACAAAGUACUUCCUCUCUUCAUCAAGAUGCUUCCUCUCUUGAUCAAGGUGCUUCCUCUCUUGAUCAAGAUGCUUCCUCUCUUCAACAAAGUGCUUCCUCUCUUCUUCAAAGUACUUCCUCUCUUGAUCAAGAUGCUUCCUCACUCCAUCAUGCAGCUUCCUCUCUUCUUCAAAGUGCUUCCUCUCUUGAUCAAGGUGCUUCCUCUCUUCAUCAAGAUGCUUCCUCUCUUCAACAAAGUACUUCCUCUCUUGAUCAAGGUGCUUCCUCUCUUCAUCAAGAUGCUUCCUCUCUUCAUCAAGAUGCUUCCUCUCUUCAACAAAGUGAUUCCUCUCUUCUUCAAAGUACUUCCUCUCUUGAUCAAGAUGCUUCCUCACUCCAUCAUGCAGCUUCCUCUCUUCAUCAUGCAGCUUCCUCACUACAUCAUGCAGCUUCCUCUCUAA